GUAUUUUCAGAUAUGAAGCUCUCCGUGUGCUGGUGCUGUUGGAUUCUUUGGGGUUGUUUUGCCGUCGCAGACGAUGACAAGGCACCAGAAUGCACUAUAGAAAGAAGACAGUAGGCAGUGUGAUGCUCUGGGAAAUCUUCUGCUGGGAAACUUCGGGUCCUGUUCUUGGUGCCAGAUACACCAGUAAUGGUGCCAGCAGACCUUCAGAGGUCUUCUGGAGUCCAUGCCUUGACAGAUCAGUCCUAUUAUUACUGAGGAGCAGUUGCUGUGGGUGGGCGGCGGGGCCGGGAAGGUGCACACAUACCGGAUUCCCCUGCUGAGCUUCACCCCCCGUGGACAUUUGGUGGCGUUUGCAGAGGCUCGAAAGACAUCCUCAACUGACAUGGAGGCCAAAUUUAUAGCCAUGCGACGCUCAACAGACAAAGGAGCUACGUGGUCUCCUACUACCUUCGUAGUGGACGAUGGGAUUCACACUGAUGGCUCAAACUUGGGCUCUGUCGUUGUGGAUGAAGAAACGGGAUCCCUGAUGCUGAUCUAUUCUCUGUGCUUCUACCGAUACCAAUGCAGCCCUUCUAGCACCAUGUUAGUGGAGAGUCUGGAUGAUGGCGUGACCUGGAGCGCUCCUCGCAACCUCUCUGUCCAUCUUGGGGUCAAGAGCUUCAUCCCAGGGCCAGGAUUUGGCAUUCAGAAACGCCACCCACCUGCGAAGGGCCGUUUGGUGGUGUGUGGUCACGGCACUAUCGAGGGCGACGGGGUUUUCUGUAUCCUGAGCGACGAUCACGGGCGCACGUGGAGGAACGGAGGCUCACUGAAGAGCAUCCCUUAUAACCAGCCCAAACAGAGCCAGGACUUCAACCCUGAUGAGUGUCAGCCGGUGGAGCUGCAGGACGGCAGCAUCGCGAUUAACGUGCGGAACCAGAACAACUACCACUGCCGCUGCAGGAUGGUGGUGCGCAGCCCGGACGGAGGAGAGACUCUGCCCGUGGAGGAGCUGAAGUUCGACCACACGCUGGUGGAUCCCGUAGUGGCGGCUGGAGCUCUGCAGAAGGAGGGCGUGCUGUUCUUCAGCAACCCGGCCAACUCCGAGAAGAGGGUGAAUCUGACUCUGCGCUGGUCUCUGACUGAUGGUAACUCAUGGGAAAAGAAUACUUUUCAGAUCUGGGAAGGGCCAAGUGGUUAUUCCUGUUUAACAUCUCUCAAAGAUGACAAGAAAUACAUCUUUGCCAUCUAUGAAAAAGGCCAUAGAGACUAUUACGAGACUGUCUCUUUAGCAAAAAUCAGUCUGUAUGGUGGCAUGUAGGAGCCAAACUUCUAUAGAGCACGGCUGUAGAGGCCAGCAUGACCAGCGUGCGGAUGUACAGUAGCAUUGCUGAUGAAGAAUUUCUGAAAUACUUGAACUAAUUUAGCUCUUCACCAGGGAUUAUUUCUUUAACGACGCAAUUCACACUUCUAAAUUACACUCUAAUGACUCUAAUUUCUAAUAACACGUUACUAAAUUUCCCCUUGGGGAUCAAUAAAGUACUCUCUAUCUCUAAUAUGUCACUGUCAUAAGAUUUCCCAUCUGCAAGAGGCAGUAAGUGUGCUCCUUUAAUGCUCUGGUACUUCUUCUCUACAAACUCCUGCCAAUCACGCCAGUCCCUAACAACUCAAUUGCUCUGGAUGAUGAUCAUAGACAAGAUAUGACUUUUAGUAUUGUGUCAUGACUUUCUGUAAUUCAGUCUUGAUUUUAUAGCUCAGUAUAGAUCCCCCCCCCCUCAUAAAAUCUGCAAUAUUACGACACUGAAGCAUGCAACAUGACAAAUCAGUGGUGAGCGAAUGACUGUUUAUCACGGCUCUAACACGUGAUAACAGGAACUUGUCUCUCAGACGUUCCACAACAUUAAAUCUAACCACUAAUCUAAUCUAAAAGUUGUAAUCGUUGGCAGUUUGCUGCGCUGUAACAAUAACACACUCCAGACCGUGCUUUUAUAUCAAAAUAAUGCAUGUCGUUGAGGUAGCAGUACUCCACUUGUGCGUCGAGCCACAUCGACCCCCCCCCCCUCCCAAUUGUGUAUUAUUUUGUACAACAGCAUCUGUCUUGUUUUAUUCAUUACUUAACACAAUACAGUGAUCAAUAUUAAAAGUAAUAGUAUAGCCUUGAACGUGUAUUUAAUGUGCAUUUGCAAAGAAUCAAACUGAACGAGACUACAAUCUGAUCGGCGCUCGAUGCUGAUGUCAACGACUAACGAUAACCUGCUUCAAUAAACUAUACAGGCAUUGGAGAGAUGAGUAAAAGGCCCUGUAGACAUCACAGAGUUAAAGUGAAAUAUGAGCAUCGUUUUCGAAAGAAUUAUUUCAGUCCGCAGACUCGUUUUGCACUUCGUGGUGAUGUGAGUUCUUUGUUGGUCGUCAGUUUAAUGUCACAUGCUCUCAUACUUGCCACAGAAACUACCACUUCUCUGUUCCACAAAGCACAGUUCGGCUAUGCUGCACACUCCUGUUGAAACAGCAAAAAUACAUCUACGUAUUCACAUGUCCAUUAUAAAGCAAUGCAUUGUGCGUGCAGACAAGAAUGCCGUUAUUUAAGCUUAUUGUGUCCUGCAGUCUGUCUCUUGAGGAGCUUUGUGGCUUACACUGGUGCAUGCUCAGACUCUGGUGCACCUCUCCGCUCUGUUGUGCACAUACUUUUUGUUUAGUUUUAGAUUCGAUUCGAUUCGACUUUAUGGCCACCGUGCAGAGUACAAGUACCGAGCCAAAAAG